ACCCUUUCGGUAAAUCCGCUUAAAAUUCUCAAUUAAUUUAAUUUAAUCAUUUAUUGUGUCUCUCGUUUAAGAAAUUAACAUUUUUUCUGAGAUAAAGCGGACGUUUUCGGUGCGGUGUGUGAAAGUGUACGCAGGUGAAAACGAGACUUUUUUUCCUUGUUGAUGUUUUGUUGCUUCGGAGCGAGGAAUGACCACGUAAAAUGCUCUGGAUAAUACUCCUCUGGGUACCCCUGGCACCAGCAACCGUUUAUGGUUGCCAGUUCUACCCUCCAGGAGAGUACCUGAGGUUCAUCAGGGUGCCCGAGAACCUGAGGGUGGGCGAGGAGGUGCUGCGGGUAGAAGUGCACCCGAGGAACAAUUUAAAUUUGUUGCCGGUGGACAAGAAUGAGGACGUGAGCUACUUCACUUACAGGGACCUUAAUAGGACCACCGUGUCCUUGCUGCUGGCGAAAUCGUUGGAAGACUUGGUGGACUCCACCAGUCCCAGGAACGUCCUGAAGUUCAAGCUGAGUUGCGAUUUUAACGAUGGGGAGGACACCAUUACCUCGUCUCUCUCCGUCACAGUUUACAUCGAGGACAUCAACGAUCACGCCCCGGAGUUCAUAGGUGAACCCUACUACGUUGAAGUUGAUGAACUUUUCCCCGUUGGUUUAACAUUGUAUAGAGGGGUCCGAGCAAUAGACCGGGAUAAGCCAAAUACUCCGAAUUCCGACGUGCAGUUUGCCAUAGUCGGAGGUAACGAGCGCGGAAAAUUCGCCCUGGAUAACAGCCACCAGCCGGACAUUUUGCUCAGGAAAACUCUGGAUUUCGACGCCGGGGAUCGGGAGUUUAUUUUGACCAUUUCCGCCACGGAUCGCGGUAACCCUCCAAGGAGUACAAACUCAACCGUCACGAUCAAAGUGAACGACAACGAUGACUUACCACCCAAGUUCACCAAGGGGGUUUACCGAACCAGGAUCCACGAAUUCUACCCCAUUACGGGUAUGAAGAUCCACGAAUUGCUCUCGUUCCACCCUCCGAUCUACGCGUUCGACCAGGACUUCGCCAUCGAAACCGCUAUACGCUAUGACAUAAUAGCGGGCAACGAGAGGCAUUUGUUUUAUCUGGACCACGUGAACGCCUCCUUGUUCCUGGAAAAGGAGAUUGAUCUGGACUCGGAGCGGUCGUUGCCUGGAAACACUUUCGUUCUACAGAUUCAAGCCGCGCAGGUGAAUAACCCUCUGAAAACUGGCCUGGCUCGUGUGGAAGUGGAGGUGAUAGACCUCAAUGAUAACCUUCCAGAGUUUGAGGUGGACUUCUACAAUAUCAGCAUUGUGGAAAACUUACCGAACGGGUUUAGUGUCUUACAAAUCAUGGCCACAGAUCAGGAUCAAGGAGAUAAUGCGGAUUUCUCUUAUCAGCUGGAGGAUGGUAGUGGAGCCUUUUCUUUGGAUGCCAGAAGUGGAUGGCUGACAGUUAGAGACCAAACGGUUCUGGACCGAGAAAAACGUGGAUCCAUUAAGAUGAAGGUCUACGCGAAAGAAAAAGUUCCAACAGUAGUUGGAAAUGAGGCUCUUUCAUCUGUGGAUGUGGAGGUGACUCUGCUGGACGCCAACGAUAACAACCCUACCUUUAUCCCAACAAACUUAUACGAUUUUACCAUCACUACACAAGCGAAGAAGGGAGAUAAGGUUGGACAAGUCCAGGCAACUGAUCCAGACCUCGGAAGGAACGGUGUGGUGCUGUACUCGUUGCAAAAAACAUCCAACAGCAGCGAUUCCUUCGAAAUCGAACCCAGAUCAGGAAAACUCGUGGUGGCAGAUGAGAAUGUGCCCCCUGGAAAGCAUUUAUUAUUCGUGGAAGCCACUGAUCAACCAUUCAACCCUAGCGAGAGACGGACUUCGUUAGCCGUGGUCACCGUUGAGGUCCGAAACCAUCCAGGCAGCACAGGCUAUCCAGAGUUCGUCGGUGCCCCCUACGAGUUCUGGGUGGGUUCCACAGUGGGUAUAGGAACCAGCGUGGGUCAGCUCCGGGUUUCUGACGCUAUGGAACGAGGACCCAUAGCUUUUGAUCUCCUGCACAGCUACCACGAAGGAGUACCGUUUGCUGUGGAGGAGAGCUCCGGGGUCCUGACUGUCGUCGACGACCUGAAGAAGUUCAGCCGUCAAGAUUACGAGUUCGAGGGGGUGGCCACCAAUGACAAGGACGUCACUCUCGUCACCAACGUCACUCUACACGUGGUAGAUCCCAAAGAUGAAAAAGCCAUUCUCAUGAAAACUGGCAAUGCCCCGAUAGAGUUCCACGUCAAGGAAAACCAACCGAAUGUGUUGAUAGGUAAGCUGGGAUUCAAGAACAACAUGACCAGCGGUCUGAGGUUCUCUAUAGCAAAUCAAAAGGACGUCACUGAUGUCAUAGCGAUUACCACCGAUGGAACCUUACAUACCCUGCGGUCUUUGGAUAGGGAGGUGCGGGAUGUUUACAGGCUCACCGUCAUCGCCGAGUAUAAUAAGGGAAGCGCUCUUGGAUCGGGGAUCUACCAAGUGACCAUUUACGUGGACGAUGAGAAUGAUAAUAAACCCCAAUUCGAAAGAAGCAUCUAUGAAGGAAAGAUCCAGGAAAAUGCCAAAUCUGGCACAGAGGUUGACCUGAACUUCCCGGUACACGUGAGCGACAAGGAUAUCGAUGCAAACGGCCAGUUUACCGUAGGGAUAUUCGGUAACGGAAGCGAGAACUUUAGAUUGGACAAGAACACUGGAAAAAUCCAGUUUAUUAGCGCUAGCACCCCACUGGACAGGGAGACCACCCCGGUGUACAACUUAAGACUGGUCGCCAAAGAUAAGGGAGGCCUUUACAGUGAGGUCAAGCUGAUUAUCAACAUCGAGGACGAAAACGAUAAUCCCCCAGUGUUUAUGGAGAUGCUCAUCCACACUGAAAAGGGCAUAAAGGUCCUGGAAUAUGACAGAGAGGGAAACAGGGUGGUUCACUUCGAGCGGGACAAUAGCGGCAACGUCACCAAAUAUGUUCUAACUCAAACGUACUUAAGGGCAAAGAGACCCAAGCAGAAGAUGUCCCCGAUGGUCAGCGUUCCGGAAGAUCUGAGCGUGGGCACCACCAUUAUCAAAUUAACUGCCCUGGAUAAGGACAUUAGCGAAAACGCGCAAAUAAAAUACGAAAUGGUCUCGGAAACGUACAUCCCGCACGAGAAAUCCACCGAGCCCUUCCACCUGAUCCAGUAUUUCAUGGUGCAUCCGACCACUGGCGAAAUUUCGGUGGCCAGGACCCUUCCGCCCGAAUCCGAGUUCAGGCUGAAUGUUUCCGCCAGCGAUAAGGGCUCCCUAAGGGAUUAUCUCCUAGUUCGGGUGGUCGUUAAGGAUAUUAAUGAUCACACCCCUGUUUUUAAGAAGUCUUGGUAUAAUUUCGAUACGGAAGAGGCGGUUUAUGCCAGGAAAGUUUUAGGUAAAAUUGAAGCUAUGGAUUCGGACUUUGGCCCUAACGCGAACAUAACCUAUUCAAUAAAGACCGAGGAGUCUGCUGGAGUGCCGUUUUCCAUAUCGACCUACACGGGACAGCUGAGUGUGGACGGAAUCCUGGAUCGCGAGACCAGGGACAAGUACUCUUUCGUGGUCGUGGCCAAGGAUAAUCCCCAGGACAAUAAACCGCUAAGCAGCUCCGUUAACGUCGAGGUAAACGUGCUGGACGUCAACGAUAACCCGCCGGUGUUUUAUGGAUACGACGAUUUGGCACCGAACCCAGAACCGAAUGUGAACAAUUACCGGUUCUAUCAGCGAAAGAUUCCGGUUUAUUAUGCGGCCGCAUCGGAAAACAGCCCCAUCGGUACCCCGAUCACGAGGGUGUUCGCCAAUGACUCGGACUUUACCGGAAACGGAAAUGGAUUGAUCUUGUUCGACAUCCCUUUCCGAAAGGGAAAUCCCAAUCUGUUCGCCAUCGAUUCCAAGGAGGGCAUCUUGACCACUAUUGGGAAACUGGAUUACGAGAAGGACAAGUCGCAUAACGUGACGAUCGUGGCAUCGGACUUGGGAUCUCCUAGCUUGAGCUCCACCGCUGUGGUUUCCAUAAACGUGAUAGACGUACCGGAAGACUUACUGUCAGCAGAGAGUCCAGUGUUCUCCCAUCGAUAUUACGAGGUGGAGGUAGAAGAAAACGUGCCGGUGCCCCUGAAGAUUCUCACCCUAAACGUCACCGAGCAAUACAAGUCCCAUAAAUUACGAUUCAGUAUUGUCUCCGUUAAAAAUAGCGAUAUUAAAGAGUGUUUUAGCAUUGACCCCCGUAAUGGUACCUUAUUUAUCACCAAAAGCCCUGAUAGGGAAAAGAAAGCUUUGUACGAAUUAGUCGUGCGAUUGGAUCAGUAUAAGGUCGGCAGGGAUAUGACUGUGAUGGUUUAUCCCGUUACUAAUGAGCGUCUAGGGAAUCUGGGAUUAAACGAAGUGAAAGUGAUCGUAAGAAUUACGGACCUAAACGACAACCCUCCGAAAUUCAUGGUCACCGGACGCCCUAUAGUGGCAGCCAUCCCAACCACCGCAGGCUACGGUUACGAGGUACUGAGGCUCCAAGCGUCAGAUCCCGAUCUGGGCCUCAAUGGCGAAAUAAGGUUCCAAAUAAUCGGCCGUAACGAGGAGGCCAAUCGGCGAUUCGCCAUAGAUCCGAUAUCGGGCCAAGUGAGGGCCAUCUCGAACUUUAUCAAAGAUGCCGGCAAAGUGUUCGGGUUUGACGUGAAAGCGACUGAUAAAUGCGGCGCAGAUGACGGGCACAGUUCAAUCGCCAACGUAUUGGUUUAUGUCCUAGACGAGCAAAAACAAGUCGUUAUGGUUAUGGGAAUGAAACCGGUCGAGGCGGAAAACAGCAUAAGUAAUAUCACUACGGCCUUAAACAACGCCACCGGAUUCGACGUUAGAAUCCGUAAGUUGGAGCCGCACAAUGAACGAAACUUAAUGGAUAAUUGCGCGACUGAUAUGUACCUUUAUGCGGUCGAUCCGGCUUUGAAUACCAUCCUGGAAAUGUCUCAGCUUGAAAAGGUUCUCCUAAGAAAGAAAUCCCUCAUAGAACAACACCUCGAGGGCCCCAAAGUCCUGGCGCUCUCCAGCGGCUCUUUUGACAAAAACUACACCCGCACCCCCCGUCUGAUCCUCUCCUCCAUAGAAGUGGGCGCGAUCAUUUUGGGGUGCGUUGUGCUCAUCGGAGCAGUGAUUACUUCAAUCUGCGUGGUAUGCAUAAAAAGAAAAAAUAGAAGACUAAAGCGCUACACGUCAUCUCUGAGGUACGGCCUAGGCUCUUCCAAGGCAGGCCUCUACCCUCCUCCGUACGGAGACCCACUUGGGUAUCAGCUAUCACCUGAAGGAGUGACCCAGGAGGUCCCUAUGGAGUACACGAGGUCGGGUCAUGACAUCACUUGCCCAAGAUACUACGCCAACCGUUACAGAGAGUACCAUGAGAAGCCAAGGAAUUCUAUUGGCAUAGAAAAAUCUAUUACGAGUUUACAUUCGAGUGGUCAAGACAGUGGAAUCGCUGAUGCCACCGUGGUGCACUCUUGCCAGUGCGGGCACAGCAGCAGCAGAAGCUCCGGGGACGAGAGCAGCAAUAGUUACGAGGAUUCGUUGCAAUCGACCCCGAGGAGCCGUAAGUUGCGGGACCCCACUCCAGCCAUGCACCACCACAUCACCCUGAGCCCCAACAGAUCGAACUUCUCGACGACGGAUCAGCGAAGAUCCAGAAACCGUUCGAUAACCGAAGACGUACUGGAUCACGAAGGGAUCAGCCCGAUCCAGAGCACCAGCGGGAUCUUCACCAAUGGUCCAGGAGCCCUGAGACGAUCCACCGAGAGGCUCAUGAUGGGACCAUUUCGUUCCUAAUGUAUAAACACACGUUUGUUGCUUGUAUAUUUUUAUUUUUGGGGGAGAAGUGCAAUUAUUGUCUGUGUACCUGGUCUUAUAUGUGCAAUAUUAUGUAAAAAUUACGUACUCGUUACAAGUAAAAUGUAAAUAUAAUGUGCUGCGAGA